AUGGGCAUGAAAGAGCUGCCUAUCACCCCUCGUGGAAUCUUCUGGCAAGAAGACUUUAUCACGCCCGAACACGAGCAGCAACUAAUCUCCAUCUUCCGGCAUGAACUAAAGUGGCCCGACCGCAGCGGGCGCACAUCUCUCCACUACGGCUACACAUUCGAUUAUAAGACUUUCGGAGUAGACCCCGAGAUACCCUAUAAGGAGUUUCCAGAUUGGCUAAAGCCUCUGAUUCCCACGACGGAGUCCCGUCCCCCAGAUCAGGUCUGUCUGCAGUAUUAUCCUCCGGGAAGUGGCAUCCCACCUCAUGUAGAUGCGCACCUGGCGUGGGAUCAGCUGUAUGCGCUGUCGCUGGGUGCGCCGGUCUUGAUGCAGUUUCGGAAGGGCAAGACGGAGGAGCGGAUCGAUGUGGAUUUGACCCCGCGGACGAUGAUGGCGAUGGUUGGGGAUGCGAGGCUUCAUUGGACGCAUGGGAUCAAGAAGCGGAAGACAGAUACCUUACCCGAUGGCUCGGUGAGGCUGAGGGAGGAUAGGUGGAGUCUUACGUAUCGGUGGCUUAGGAAUGGGGAGUGUGAGUGUGGAAAUGUUGGGCUUUGUGAUGUUGCCCAGAGACGGAAUGGUAUUGAGAAGGAGAAGAGGUCGUUGAAGCAGUUAGCUGAGGAGAGUGCCGGGCAGACUGCUUCUGAAUGA